AUCUAUGUACGUACGUCAAAUUUCGUUUGAUAUACUUUUUGUUUACAUCGCCAGUGAAUCCUAUUGGAAGCUUUGACCAAAAAUUCGUGAAAUUAUAAAGUUUUCGAAAUUGAACUAUAAUGGAUCGCGGCAGACGGCUGUCGUGUGAUAGCUCGAGUGGUCCCAUCGCUCCAAUAAACUUUGCCACCGACAAGUUUCCGUUUUGUAUAGUAUGGACUCCGAUUCCGGUGCUGACCUGGUUCUUCCCUUUCAUUGGGCACAUGGGAAUCGCUAUGUCAACGGGAGUUAUUCGUGACUUUGCCGGACCAUAUUUUGUUUCGGAGGAUAAUAUGGGUUUUGGUCGGCCCACCCGAUACCUUCAACUAGAUCCAGCCUUCGUCAAUGGAGGCGUUGUAGAAUGGGAUGAGUGCGUGUCGAAAGCAUCGGUUGUUUAUGGAACGAGAAUGCACAAUUUGUUCUGCGACAAUUGUCACUCGCACGUUGGCAUGGCUCUUUCAUUAAUGAAAUACAAACAGUAUACCAACUGGAACAUGGUAGUCCUAGCGUUUUGGAUGUUCCUUACCGGAAAACACGUCGGUUUGAUGGGAUUUUUAAAGACCUGGACCCCAUUUACAAUAGUACUCAUUACUUGCACUCUGGUAGCUAUUUAUUUGAAAUAAAAUCCCGGUUACUAGCUACGUCAAAUUUAUCCAUAAAGAGCUAUGUAUUAAAUUAAUACCUUGAAUGUACUGUAUUUAUUUUAAAUUUAUGUGAAUAAUUGACAAUUUUAAUAAAUGAUAUCUACAA